CCCCGGCUCCGGCCGCGCGGGGCCGCGAGCAGGAGCAGACCCAAGGAGAAUCGGUGAAGGACGGCGUGGCGCAGGAAGCGUUUCCUGAGGAGUUAGUGGUGGUGGUGGGUCUAGAAAACCAGGAGGAUCCGUUCCUGUAACAAUGGCAGCAAAAUCAUCACUCCUUAAAGUUAUACUACUGGGAGAUGGCGGAGUUGGGAAGAGUUCGCUUAUGAACAGAUAUGUCACUAACAAGUUUGAUGCACAGCUGUUUCAUACAAUAGGUGUGGAAUUCUUAAAUAAAGAUUUGGAAGUGGAUGGACAUUUUGUUACAAUGCAGAUAUGGGACACAGCUGGUCAAGAACGUUUUAGAAGCUUGCGGACUCCUUUCUAUAGAGGUUCUGACUGUUGCCUGCUUACUUUCAGUGUGGAUGACUCUCAAAGUUUCCAAAAUUUAAGCAACUGGAAGAAAGAAUUCAUUUAUUAUGCAGAUGUUAAGGAGCCUGAAAGUUUUCCAUUUGUGAUACUGGGUAACAAAGUUGAUAUUAAUGAAAGGCAAGUGUCUACAGAAGAAGCCCAAGCCUGGUGCAGGAAUAAUGGCAACCAUCCCUAUUUUGAAACCAGUGCAAAAGAUGCCACAAAUGUUGCAGCAGCCUUUGAAGAAGCUGUCAGAAGAGUUCUAGCCUCUGAAGAUAGAUCAGAUCACUUUAUUCAGACAGAUACAGUAAACCUUCAUCGGAAACCGAAACCCAGUUCAUCUUGUUGUUGACUGACUUUUUUUUUUCCAAAUUACUUUUGAUUAGCUUGCUCUUUAAGAGGGUUGGAAAGGUGUGGUAGAUAAAAUAACAAAUGGGUUCCACUCUAAUAUUAAAAGUUGUAAUACUCUGUUGCUUUCUCGGGGGAGCGAAGGGGAGCAUAAGAAAAACUUCCACUCAUGAGUGACCCAAUAUUGAAUUAGUGACACUUCCUGUUUAGGAAAGUGUCAAGUAAAUAUAUACUAAUAUAAGAAUGUAAUUUGCCAUGUUAAUCAAAUGAUAAAUAUUUUGAAUAUAAUUAAAACUUGAAACUUCUAGAAGCACUACUUUGGAGAAACUGUUCUGGAAUUCAGAUAACUUUUAUAUAUGUGUAUAUAUUUUUACGAAAUCAGCAUUCCAUUUUUGUUUCACUAGAAGUCAGUUUCUUAACGAUGCUAGAUAUUAAAACCUUCAGUCUCAUUACA